CGCUUGUCUUUCCGACGGGGGCAGCAACCAAUCACGGCCUUCCCAGCUGGCGACGCCCCAACUGCAGACGAACACCCGGCUUCCCUCGCCCCAGAAACAUCAAAGGGGCAAAUCAGCGGCCGGGGAAACCCGAACCGAGUCUGCUGGAGCCCAAGACGUUAUCACACGCAACAACACUUCUGAAAACCGCGCCGACGGCCACGGCCGGGGCGAACUCAGAGAUCGAGGCGAGCUCAGGGAUCGCGCUGAGGCCAAAGAGCGAGGUGAGACUACUAAAGGUCGGAUUGAGACUAAAGGCCGGGGUGAGGCCAAAGAGCGAGGUGAGACUAAAGAUCGAGGAGAUACUAAGGACCGAGGUGAUACUAAAGAUCGAGGUGAGAUCAAAGACCGAUCCGGCGACCCGCGACACAAAGCCGAGAGAUCGGACGGCGGCC